ACCUAUUGUACCCUGCAUCUGUUUUAUCCAACAAUAAACAAUUGCUUUCAGCAGCAUUUUAAUGCAAUAUUUUUAAGUAGUCCGUGUAACACUUCUUUGCAUGUCAUAUAAUUGUCUGUAUUUAUAUGACUUAGCAACUUGCUACAGUAGGUGUUACUAUCAAAAUUUGUUGGUUACAUUAAAUAUCUAUUCGCUUACCAAUAAAACUUGGUAAAUAUUUUGUACACUUUGUAAGUAUUUGCCUAAUGUAUUCUUUUCUUGCUAAAUGAGACAAUAAUUGCAAAAUAUGUUCACUUGAAAUGUCAUUAUCCUCCUGUCUGUUUCUGGCCUUUCCUCAGACUAUUUGUUCUGUAGCAAGAAUGGGUGUUACAAUUUUAGAGUUGAGUGAGAUUUUUAAAAGUGUUUGAAGUACAAUGAGGCCGCAAUUGUUUUGGGGGAAUUCAUAAAAUUGGCAUUCUGAGAUACUUUAGAAAAUUCUCAUGAACUCUUCUUCAAAAGCCAUUGCUGAAACAAAUGAGAUUUUUGAUACUUACUGUUGGUAUAGAAACAACAGCAUAAAUAAAGCCUACUAAAUGCAAAUUACUAGCUAUAUAUUAUGGAGUUCUAGAAGAUAAUGCCUAUCCUUCAACAGUAAGGUUUAUUAUAAUAGUGCAGAGAAUUUCUCUUCUUCAAACAAAACUUCAGUCUCACAAUCAGGUGCCGGUGAAGUUUGGGCCUGAUUUGAGUUUAUGUAGCAUAGGCUAUUAGUUUAUGUUUGAGACUGUCUUUGGAGCUCCCAAAGCCUAAUAUUCUUUCAAAAGUCUCAAAUCAGUUACUCAAAUUUUGAACAAAAAUUACUUGGUCUCAUUAAGGUUCAUUAAGUAUUCAGCUAUUAAUGUUUCAUCUUUCACCAAUGUUAUAAGUCAUAGUUUUUAACAAAUGUGAAUUAUUUUUCUUGGUUCCAUAGCUGAUAUACUGUGGUCUUUUUUCCUGGAAUCUAAAGCGGUUAAGAUGUAUGCACCCUGCAAUUUAAAUAUGAAGGCUUGAAAAUAAGUAUAUUUACUGGCAAAAUUUGGUGCUUAUUGGGGGGUGGGGGAUUCAAUUUCUUAUCAAAAGAUUAAUGAUCCAAUUUUUGAGAUUACAUAGGGAAAUCCAUGCAAGAUCUUAAAUUGUUUUUAGAUCAACAUGAUGCAUACAUUUUAAAACUGCAUCUGCAUAAAGGAUUUUAUGACUAAAACUGCUUGUUUUUCUACAGACUUGUUUGGUGUUUCUCAGCUUGAAGAAGAUCUACGAUCAUUAUUGAUCCCUUUCUUGGCGUAAACUUAUUGAAGUGACGUUUGCCUAGCUUUCUAGAGUGAGCUUUCUUUUCAGACAUCUCUAAAGUUUGAUUCAUAAUAGACAAGCUUAUAGUUCAGCAAUGUCCAAGUCAUUCCACCAGGCAUCUCUAAAUAGGGAUUCCCAAGGUCAUGGACGUGACCUCUCUGCAGGAAUAGGCCUUCUUGCUGCUGCUACCCAAUCUUUAAAUGUGCCAGCAUCUCUUGGAAGGAUGAACCAGGGUACUGCACGCCUUGCUAGCUUAAUGAAUCUUGGAAUGAGUUCUUCAUUGAAUCAACAAGGAUCUCAUAGUGCACUGUCUUCUGCUAGUGCAUCUUCCCAUGCCUUACAAUCUAUAUUUAACAUUGGAAGUAGAGGCCCACUCUCUCUGUCUUCUCAGCACCGUGGAGAUGCAGAGCAGGCCACUAAUAUUCUAGCCAGCCUUGGUCUGUCUACUAGAGACUUAGAUGAACUGAGUCGUUAUCCUGAGGACAAGAUCACUCCUGAAAACUUGCCUCAAAUACUUCUGCAACUUAAAAGAAGGAGAGCUGAAGAAGGUUCUUCACUGAGUUAUGGUAGAGAUGGCAGAGCAGCUGCACGGGAACCACCAUACAGAGUUCCUAGGGAUGAUUGGGACGAGAAAAGGCAUUUUAGAAGAGAUAGCUUUGACGAUGGUGGUUCUAGUCUCAACCGAGUGGUUGAUUAUGAUCAUGGAAGUCGUUCUCAAGAAUCUGUAUAUUAUGACAGAAUGGAUUAUGAAGAUGACAGAUUAAGAGAUGGAGAAAGGUGUAGGGAUGACUCUUAUUAUGGCGAAGCUUCGCAUAAAUAUCGUAAAUUUGACAGUGAGUAUGACAGACUGAGUCGUGUCCCUGAGAGAUCUCUCUUUGAGAAAAAAAGAGGUGCUCCACCAGAUAGCAAUAUUGAAGACUUCCAUGGAUUCUUACCGAAGGGCUAUCCCCAUCUGUGCUCUAUCUGUGAUAUACCUGUUCAUUCUAAUAAGGAGUGGAAUCAACAUAUCAAUGGAGCAAGUCACAGUCGUCGUUGUCAACUUCUCCUUGAAAUAUACCCUGAAUGGAACCCCGAUAACGACUCUGGACAUGGAUUGGGUGAUCCCUUUAUGUUGCAGUCAACAAAUCCAGCCCCAGGAAUUUUGGGGCCACCUCCACCUCCAUUCCACCUGGGAGGGCCACCUGUUGGAUCAAGAGCUGGAAAUGGAAACAUGCAAGGACCUAGACACAUGCAAAAAGGCAGAGUGGAGACAAGUAGAGUUGUGCAUAUCAUGGACUUUCAGAGAGGGAAAAACCUGAGAUAUCAGCUGCUACAGCUUGUUAAACCAUUUGGAAUAAUCACAAAUCAUCUCAUACUGAACAAAAUUAAUGAAGCAUUUAUUGAAAUGGCUACCACUGAAGAUGCACAAGCUGCAGUAGAAUAUUAUUCAACAGCACCAGCCCUGGUUUUUGGCAAACCUGUAAGAGUCCAUUUAUCACAAAAAUAUAAAAGAAUAAAGGAACCAGAAGGAAAGUCUGAUCAGAAAUUUGAGCCUCCAAAGCAACAGCUUGGUCGUGUGAUCCAUCUCAGUAAUUUGCCUCAUUCGGGCUAUUCUGACAAUGCUGUACUUAAAUUAGCUGAGCCCUAUGGAAAAAUAAAGAAUUAUAUAUUGAUGAGAAUGAAGAGUCAGGCUUUUAUAGAAAUGGAGACAAGAGAAGAUGCUGUUGCUAUGAUGGAGCACUGUUCCAACAAAGCCCUUUGGUUCCAGGGCAGAUGUGUGAAAGUUGAUUUAUCUGAAAAAUACAAGAGAUUAAUAUUACGAAUUCCUAACAAAGGAAUGGAAUUGUUGAAGAAAGAUAAACCAAGAAAAAGAGGAAUCUCUCCAGAUAGCAAAGACUCUGGAAGUGAAAAGAAAUGUAAGAUGGAUGAUACUGAGAAAGGUGAAAACAACAGUACUGAAGGCAAAGAAGAUGAGAGAGAGGAGACAGAGGGGUUAGAUGCAAAAGAUGGUGGACAAGGAGAUCAAGAGGAAUCAAAUUUACUGCUUGAAUCUGAAGAUGAAUUGCUAGUAGAUGAUGAGGAAGCAGCAGCAUUACUGGAGAGUGGCAGCUCAGCAGCAGAUGAGACAGAUGUUGCUAACUUGGCUGACACAGCUACUGAAGAAAAGGAGGCAGCUGAAGAUGAUGCUGCAAAACCUGAAGACAAUACUGCAGCUACUUCAACUGCAAAAAAACUCAAAAAGCGACAUGUAGGUAGUUUUCCAAGAAGCAUGAAAGGCUUUGUCACUCUCGAUGAAGUUGGUGAUGAGGAAGAUGCAGAACACCAGAAACAAUAUAAAGCUGGCCUAAUGAAAUUGGCUGGAAAAAGUGAGGACAAUUCAGCUGAAACAAAAACAUUAAAAACAGAAGAAAUGGAGCAGGAAGAUGAGACAUUUGAAAAUGGCACUAAAACAGAGAACUUAAAGUUGGAAUCAUCUGAAGGGGCAACCAGUACAAUGACAGGUGAAAAAGAUAACACUACCAUGCAAGAAACUAAGACUGAGCACGAUGAACAUAGAAUUGGACCAUAUCAGCCAAACGUUCCAGUUGGUGUGACCUAUGUUGUCCCCAGAACUGGAUUUUACUGCAAAUUGUGUUCCUUGUUCUAUACUAACGAAGAUUCUGCGAAAAAAGUUCAUUGCAGCAGCCUUGCACAUUAUCAAAAGUUGAAGAAACAUAUGGAGAAAAUGGCUGAAGAUCAGAAACCAAAAAAAGAGGCUUAAACGAAAGGGGGGAAAGGCAUGCCAAUUUAAGGAGAAAUGUUUUAUUUUUGUUGCUAAUCUCAAUACAGUAAAAUUGGGAAUGCUAUACUACAUAGAUCUUAGUGAAAUAGAAGUUUAAUUCUGUGAUGUGUUUAAUGUUACGGCAAAAUAUACAUUGUCAGAUCUUUGCUCAAAAAUUGGAUGAUAUUCACCAUUUCUCUGCAGAUUCAAUCUUGAGGUACUGACAGCUGUUUCAGCAAUUGAAGACCACAGAGAAUGUCAUCCCCAUUAAACUUUUCAAGGUUCACAUUCAGUUAAAUAUAAACAGUUACUAUUUUUACCUGCAACAUUCCACAUUCUAAUAUAAGUCUAACUGAUAUUAUUGUUCAAGGGACUUGCAUUAUUUCAUUUCAUUUUUGAGACUAUUUAUCAAAUUUGUGUGGUUUUUUUAAAAAGUGGAAAUGUUUUUUGUUGGUAUAUUUAGGUAGUGAGUAGGAAAAGCGAUAGCCAGCUUUUAAUAAAUCUUGUGUUUUCUCUGAGUCAUUGUUUUUCUGUCCUAUUUUAAUAGGAAGUCAACUCUUGCUCUUCUGACCAGUAUUAUUUUUCUGGGCUCUUGCUUGCAAUUGAAUUUAGUACUUUUUCAUACAUCUUCAGUAUAAGCAAAAGCAACAUAUGAACCAUACAUUGUAAAUAGUUUUACUUUUUUAUGUUUGUACUUCAGCUCUAAUCUUAGACCAAUUACUAACAUAUAAUUGGACAUGCUUCAAAGUUUCCUGCCUAGAAUUGGAGCAUACAUCUUGAGAUUGGUUUCAUCCUAGGAUUGUGCUUUUGAUGUAGCUUCACAUAGCUAAUAUGAGUAGCAGUUUUUGUGUAAAAUCUGUUUUCUGUUGUUAUCACUUAACAGCUUACAUAUAUGUGAAUUCAAGUUAUUAUAGUGUCAAACCAAUAAACCAAACCAAUCGAGUAA